AUGACCAAAGGACAGGUGGAUCAGAGCUUCCCCUCCCCGCCCCCAGCGCUGCACCAGGGGGGCGUGAGGCAGUACCUGCAGUUCCAUCCUGACCAGACCGUGCGCAUCCUCCACGCCAGAGUGGCACAGAAGUCUUAUGGCAACGAGAAACGAUUCUUCUGCCCCCCUCCGUGUGUUUACCUCAGCGGACCGGGCUGGAAACUCAAACAAGAGCAUCUGAAAGCCUCUGGCCUGGGCGAGGGCAGCUGUCGCCUGAGUGGAUAUAUGAGUCUGGACAGCACAGAGGGCACCCCGGCAGACACCUUCAAACUCACCCUGGAGGAGCAGCCUGAUCACAGGAUGUUUGCGUGUGCCAAGUCGCUGUACAUCUCGGACGCGGACAAGAGGAAGCAUUUCCGUCUGGUGCUGAAGCUGUUCUUCAACGGGGGCCAGGAGGUCGGCUCCUUCUACAGUCGGCUCAUCAAGGUCAUCUCCAAACCCUCGCAGAAGAGGCAGUCCAUGAAGAACGCAGACUUGUGUAUCUCCUCAGGAUCGCGUGUGUCGCUGUUCAACCGUUUGCGUUCCCAGACGGUCAGCACGCGCUAUCUGGCUGUAGAGGACGGGGCCUUCGUAGCCAGCGCCCGGCAGUGGGCCGCGUUCACCAUCACACUGGUGGGCGAGCAGCAGCCGUCUACGGGCCAGGGCGAGUACCCGGGCUGUGAAGGCUACAUCUGCUACGGCUGUGUGGUCCAGCUGGUCUGCACCGACACCGGAGUGGCCUUGCCUCCCAUGGUCAUUCGCAAGGUCAAUAAGCAGCACGCCAUCUUGGACGUGGACGAGCCAGUGUCCCAGCUGCACAAGUGUGCUUUUCAGUUCAAGGACAACAACCACAUGUACCUGUGUCUGUCCAACGAGAAGAUCAUUCAGUUCCAGGCCUCUCCGUGUCCAAAGGAGCGUAGUCGGGAGCUGCUGAACGACGGCUCCUGCUGGACCAUCAUCGGCACGGAGAUAGUGGAGUACACCUUCAGCGAGAGCCUGAGCUGCGGCCAGGGCUCCAUCAGCCCUGUACCUGUCAUCACGGCCCUGGAGUUAAAUGGCGGGGGCCACGUAGCCAUGCUGGAGCUGCACGGGGAAAACUUUGGCCCCCACCUGAAGGUCUGGUUCGGAGAUGUGGAGGCAGAGACCAUGUUCAGGAGCCCCAAGUCCGUGCUGUGCGUGGUGCCUGACGUGUCGGUGUUCAGCUGCGAGUGGCGUUGGCUGCGGCGGCCAAUCACAGUGCCUCUGGCUCUGCUGCGUCUGGACGGCCUGAUCUACCGCAGCCCGUUCUCCUUCACCUACACCCCGGAGCACAGCGUGCCCGCCCAGUCGCGUCGCCCCGGGGGAGACGCCAGCGCCGACGGGGGGGACUCGCUCAUCCACACCAUCCACCAGGAGUUCACGCGCACCAACUUCCACCUGUUCAUGCAAAGCUAGCGUUAUAGCGCUAGCGUAGCAUAGCGGCCGGCUGGUGUCCUGUUGCGUUCCGUUCCGUCCCAGACACAGUAAUUGCAGUGUUAAUUCAACACAUUACGUUGAGGGACUCAUGCAAGCGAUUUGGCAAAGCGAAUCAAAAUUCGCAACAAAGCAAAAAUAUCCAGCCAAGU